AGGUAUAAAAAGGAAGUACAGGGCCUGGGGAAGAGGCCCUGUCUAGGUAGCUGGCACCAGAAGCCGUGGGCAAGGCAAGAGGCCACACACUGCCCCGCUCUGCUGCAGCCAGAAUGGGUGUGAAGGCGGCUCAAACAGGCUUCGUGGUCCUGCUGCUGCUCCAGUGCUGCUCUGCAUACAAACUGGUCUGCUACUACACCAGCUGGUCCCAGUACCGGGAAGGCGAUGGGAGCUGCUUCCCAGAUGCCAUUGACCGCUCCCUCUGUACCCACAUCAUCUACAGCUUUGCCAAUAUAAGCAACGAUCACAUCGACACCUGGGAGUGGAAUGAUGUGACACUCUACGACACGCUCAACACACUCAAGAACAGGAACCCCAACCUGAAGACCCUCCUGUCAGUUGGAGGAUGGAACUUUGGCUCUCAAAGAUUUUCCAAGAUCGCCUCCAACACCCAGAGUCGCCGGACUUUCAUCAAGUCGGUGCCGCCAUUUCUACGCACCCAUGGCUUUGAUGGGCUGGACCUCGCCUGGCUCUACCCUGGACGGAGAGACAAGCAGCAUUUUACUACCCUAAUCAAGGAAAUGAAGGCCGAAUUUGCAAAGGAAGCGCAGCAAGGGAAAGAGCAGCUCCUGCUCAGCGCAGCAGUGUCUGCGGGGAAGGUCACCAUUGACAGCAGCUAUGACAUUGCCCGGAUAUCCCAACACCUGGAUUUCAUCAGCAUCAUGACCUAUGACUUUCACGGAGCCUGGCGUGGGACCACAGGCCAUCACAGUCCCCUGUUCCGAGGCCAGGAGGAUGCAAGUCCUGACAGAUUCAGCAACGCUGACUAUGCUGUGGGGUAUAUGCUGAGGCUGGGGGCUCCUGCCAGUAAGCUGCUGAUGGGCAUCCCCACCUUCGGGAAGAGCUUCACUCUGGCCUCUUCUGAAACUGGUGUUGGAGCCCCAGUCUCAGGACCAGGAAUUCCAGGCCGGUUCACCAAGGAGGCGGGGACCCUUGCCUACUAUGAGAUCUGUGACUUCCUCCACGGAGCCACAGUCCAUAGAAUCCUCGGCCAGCAGGUCCCCUAUGCCACCAAGGGCAACCAGUGGGUAGGAUAUGAUGACCAGGAAAGCGUCAAAAGCAAGGUGCAGUACCUGAAGGACAGGCAGCUGGCAGGUGCCAUGGUAUGGGCCCUGGACCUGGAUGAUUUCCAGGGCUCCUUCUGCGGCCGGGAUCUGCGCUUCCCUCUCAUCAAUGCCGUCAAGGACGCACUCGCUGCAACUUAACCCUCUGUUCUUCUGCACACAGCAGGGGGGCCAAGGAUGCCCUAUCCCCUGCUGGCUCCUGCUGGCCAGGAGCCUGAUCACCUGCCCUGCUGAGUCCCAGGCUGAGCCUCAGUCUCCCUCCCUUGGAGCCUGUGCAGAGGGCCACAACACUCAGCCCUGGUGGGGAGGGAGGUAGAGAUGGGUCUGUGGGGAUAGUGAGGCAUCGCAGUGUAAGACUUGGGAUUAGCAUGAACUUGCUGAUUAAUGGAAAUACUUGCAGACUCCAAGGCUGGCAAGAGAAUGUCUUCAGCUCCCUGCCCCCGAGCCCUCCUUAUCAAAGGACACGAUUUUGGCAAGCUCUAUCACCAAGUAGCCAAACAUCCUACAAGACACAGUGACCAUACUAAUUAUACCCUCUGCAAAGCCCAGCUUGAAACCUUCACUUAGGAAUGGAAUCGUGUCCCCUGUCCUACUUCCCCUUCCUAAUUCUGCAGCUGCUCAAUAAAAGUACAAGAGCUUAA